GGAGCUGCCGCGCCUGGCCGUACUAUGUGUUUGUAAGUGUCUGUGGGUAGACAUGUUUGAGUAGGCUGUGCCUGUACUGUCGUUGGUCUUUCCUCUUCAACUUUCGUUCAUUCAUCUUGAUUCCUGUUUCCAUUUCCCUUUCAAAAUGAUCAGGAGAGGUCCAACGAGGAUUGCCCUGAAAAUCGAUGAUAUUUCGGAGUUUGAGACUUUCAAGAAGGAACUUGAACAGCAGAGGAGGGAAAAACAGCAGCUGGACGGAACAGCUGCGGAGAUGGAAGGGAUCGAAGGUCAAGACGGAGGGACACCCUCUGUGGUGGGAGAUAGUGUCAAGGACAUGGACCCCAAAGCACGCCAAGAGAGAAUACAGCAGAGGAUUGGCUACGACCCGCGUCCUGCCCCAUCGACGUCAAGUCGCAUUGGAUUUGGAGAACUCCGAAGUGGUGAAUGAAAGAUGCAGAGUUUGUAGACCAUGGACAUGACGAUGGAACUCUUUGAAAAAGACUGAGCAUUUUCUGUUGUGGAUGAUGGAAUUGAAUUCAACUGUGUCUGGUAUGUCUUCAGACGCCUGCAUAACAAUUUUCUGCAGGGUAGGCCUAAUGCUGAAAAGGAUACUCCAAUAAAUGAAACCGUCAAACCAUCCUUAUGUGAUUUCCAACACCGGCAAGGUAGCAUCAUAAUGCAGCUGUGGCGGAGUCAGCACUGCUGUCAUGGCACUCGUGUUGGUAACACAACUGUCGAGGUUAAGCCAAAGCCAACUCGAACACCCCAAGGAACACCCCAUGCCUAACAAAUUCACUGACAUGAAAGGCUCCACGACCAGCACUGACCAGGGCUGAGUGGCGAACGAAUGCGACCACUUUCUGUGGGCUAGCCGUUUCAGUUCACAGUGAAUGCACAAGGAUGUUGUGGUGCUGACUUGUGACAAGUGGACAGGAUGUCAUUUUGAUAAGCACCUUACGUCGGCCUGGAAUCUACAUGUACAUUGCACACUUCCCUCCGAUGUCUGCAUGCAAAACUGUGCAUUCAGCCUUGGGAUCUUACUUCAGCAACCAGGAAAAACAUCUCAGAAUGGCUUCCUAAGUGCAUCUGCCAGGCAGAGCCGAGUUUGGCUUCAUCAGCACUGUAAUUAAAUUGUCAACAAGUCAAACACUUAUUAAAAGUGCUGAAAUGAAGCAUCAAGCACUGAGUUUUUUAACCCUCCCAGUCAGGCCACCAGACUCAUGAAAUUAGUGAGUCUUUCUAAAAAGGUUGACAUAUAUUGUCAGUCCAGGUUGUUCCAAAUUUAGAUCACUGAUCUUCAUUUUCUGGUGCAAAAGGUCAACAACAAAAAAAUCAAAUUUGGCAAUUAAAUUGGGACCCCCGGAAAUACCUAUGACGGUUGUCUUUUUUACAAGAAAAUUGUGAAGAGAAGUUGGUUUGAUGUAAUUUUUGGGGUAUUUUCUAUUUUCAACUUCUCUUGGGUCUCAGGCUGAGUCAACAAAUGUUAGUUUCGGCUCCAAGAAAAAUUCUAAAAGUAAACCUAAAACAUGUUAAUUUCCCUGAACUCCAAUUUGGGCCAUCAGCAACUUGCAUGAUAUUUUUCUUCAAUUUUACUCUGCUGUGUUCUGGUCUGGUUAUCAAUUUUGUGGUCACGCCCCAGAUUCGUUGUGCAGCACUAUUUAUAUUCCAGUGAUGUACAUUUGAAUCUUAGAAGUUUUAAACUUGGCAUCAUGGAUACAAAAGAUUUUGAUAAUGCAGUUCUAAAAGUUUUUGAAUGACUCUGUACAAGUACGUUCAUUGCAACACAGAUUUUUAGUUUUACAAAUAUGUGAAAUCAGCCUUGAAGUUGCAAGGGGUACAACUCUUCUUUUUUGUGUGACUAACAAAAUAUCCCUUUAUUCAAUCAGACAGGUCUAUGGAAAUGAACAAAACUAGUAAUACUGUAAGUUCUCUUUAGUACAAUUGAUUUCAAUUAGUAAUUUAUAACAGGGCAAAAUGCCUUUAUUACACUGUUGGAUUUUACAUACAUGUACAGUAUAUGUACAUGUGCAUGCAUGUAUACACUUGUCUUAUAUCGGUCAACAUUCCAUGGGUCAAAAGCCAGCUAGUUCGCCUUUUGACAAAAAUCCGGUGAGCUUGGUUUCCAAGACAAAUACAUGUAGUGUGGAAAGCAAUAUCAAUCUAGACCUUGUUUCUGGGAGCUACUGUAUGCGGUAGAAAAACUAUUGAAUGGCAAACUCAAAGGCUGAGCAACAAUAAAAAGUGAACCAGGUUGAGUAACAUACACAGUGAAGCACUUACCACUGAACCUUGAAAAUAACAACAACCAUAGAACACCCUAAUUACAAAAAGGGAAAUUCUAGGUCCCAGGUAUUUGGGGUUUGUUUUUAAUUUGAAUACAGCAAAGGGUUUCUAGCAUAAAAUAAGGUAAUAUGUGAAGUCCAGUGGACCUUGUCAUAAAGGGAUUUGACUGCACGUCUUUCUUUUGCUGACGAAUUUAUCUUCCUUUUCGUGGUUCUGCCAAAAAAAAAAGGCGCCAAAUGUUGUGUCACUAGCAGAAGUGUUAUGGAUUGGAAAAGUAAUGAUAACACCAUGUUUAGGCCAUUCUUGAGCUUGAAAUCCCCUACUUGCCCUUGAGAAAACUCUCUGUCCUUGUCACCUUAAUGUCAAACUUUUCAUGAAGAGGCAAAAGUCUCACCAGAGAGUAAAACCUAGGUUUCAAGAAAAUCGCAUUUGAAGAUGGUCUUCAAAUGCUUAUUUUCUCAGUAUUUAACAUUCCUUUGACUUAUAAAUGCUAUUUUAUGAGAGAGGGGAUCGUAAAUGACACAGAACUAUAAAAUAAUAUUUAUAGAAGCCAAUUAAAAUUGUUUUGUAAACAAACUCAUUUGUGUUUGUGAAAAUA